AUGGCCGGCAGCCCUAGCUCGGGCUUUCUUCCAGCAUCACCCUCGCAAUCGCAACUACAACAAAACGGCAGCUUGGCGAAUGGCGUUGGCGGCGGCUCCGCGGGAGGAGAUUUGCAAGAGAAGAUCGCAGCAGCAAGGAGACAGGCGGAUGGCUUGAAGGAGCAGAUUAGAGCGAAAAAGGACGUGAUGGCUGAUACCAGCUUGCGAGCGAUGGCCGGCGAGGUAGACCCGCUGCCUCGGAUCGUAAUGAAGCCGCGUCGAACGCUGAAAGGUCACCUGGCCAAGAUCUACGCGAUGCACUGGGCGAACGACAAGCGGCAUCUCGUCUCGGCCUCACAGGACGGCAAGUUGAUUGUGUGGGACGCAUACACGACCAACAAGGUACAUGCCGUACCCCUGCGCUCGUCAUGGGUCAUGACGUGCGCGUACGCACCAAGCGGCAACCUCGUCGCCUGCGGCGGUCUCGACAACAUCUGCAGCAUCUACAACCUCCGCAACAAGGAAGGCAACGUCCGCGUCGCCCGCGAGCUCUCCGCGCACACCGGCUACCUCUCCUGCUGCAGGUUCCUCAACGACCGCCAGAUCCUCACAUCCUCUGGCGACAUGACGUGCAUGCUCUGGGAUAUCGAGGCCGGCGUUAGGAUUCAAGAGUAUAAUGACCACACUGGCGAUGUGAUGAGCCUGUCGCUCGGCCCAAAUCCCAACAUCUUCGUCUCGGGCGCGUGCGACGCCAUGGCCAAGGUCUGGGACAUCCGCUCGGGCAAGGCGGUGCAGACAUUUGCGGGGCAUGAGUCGGACAUCAACGCGGUGCAGUUCUUCCCCAACGGCGACGCGUUCGCCACCGGCUCGGACGACGCAUCGUGCCGGCUGUUCGACAUGCGCGCGGACCGCGAGAUGAACCAGUACACCCACGACAACAUCCUCUGCGGCAUCACCUCCGUCGCGUUCAGCAUCAGUGGCCGCCUGCUCUUUGCCGGCUACGACGACUGCAACUGCAACGUCUGGGACACGCUCAAAGGCGAGCGCGUCGGCGUUCUCGCCGCGCAUGAGAACCGCGUCAGCUGCCUCGGUGUCAGUACCGACGGCAUAGCGCUCGGCACCGGUAGCUGGGACGCCAGGCUGCUCAUCUGGGCGUGA